AUAAUUGGUAUAGCGAAAGUCCCAUAUUCAAGCGAAAUAAAAAUUGAACGUAUAACUAAUAACGAUCAAUGGCUCCCUUCAACACAAAAUUCACCCAUUUCGUUGAUUUUACGUCCCGAUAUGGGUGCAGUUGCUAUCUCAGUGGGUGAACACGAAAUUCAUCUAUUCUUUAGAGAUAUCCGAUAUACAAAAUUAACCAAAUUUGGAGAAAUAACGAUAAAUAUGAAUCGAGGGUAUGAAAGAAGAUAUUACAAAACGAAUAAAGAUGGGCGAUUAUAUUUACUUAAUAACAAUCCUUUUACAGACAUUUUUGACGAUGCUGUUAGACUUACGUUCACUCCGACUAAAGGUGUUAGUGCUACGUUUUGUCAAGACUUUGUAGAUUGUUUGUGCGAUCAACUGCACAAGGAACGGCAGCGUCAAAAUAAACAAAACCAG